AUGAAGAUCGAGGAUUUGGAGGAUUCUUCUGAUGUGAAAAAUAAUCAACAAAUUGUUGAUUAUAAUUAUAGUCGGCAAAUUGUUACAGUGGAUGCGAAGAGAGCGUUGGUUGGAGCUGGGGCUCGCAUCCUGUUUUACCCCACACUUCUGUAUAAUGUUUGUCGUAACAAGAUUCAAGCUGAGUUCAGAUGGUGGGAUCAAAUCGAUCAGUUUCUUCUUCUGGGUGCUGUUCCAUUUCCAAAAGAUGUUCCAAGAUUGAAGCAACUUGGUGUUGGUGGUGUCAUCACCCUCAAUGAGCCUUAUGAAACUUUGGUUCCCUCUUCUUUAUAUCGUGCUCAUGGUAUAGAUCAUCUCGUUAUUCCCACCAGAGAUUACCUAUUUGCCCCUUCAUUUAUUGACAUUGAUCGAGCAGUAAAUUUCAUUCACAAGAAUGCAACAAAUUGCAAGACUACAUAUGUACACUGCAAAGCUGGAAGGGGUAGAAGCACAACAAUUGUACUAUGUUAUUUGGUGGAAUACAAGCACAUGACUCCAUCUUCUGCACUGGAAUACGUACGAUCUAGACGUCCUAGAGUGCUCUUAGCUCCAUCUCAGUGGAAGGCAGUUCAGGAAUACAAGCAGUGGCGAUUAGCAUCAACUGCCACGUCAUCACCAUCAUCAGGGGAUGCUGUUUUGAUCACGAAAGCUGAUUUGGAAGGGUAUAAUGGUCAAUUACAAGGCAAAGAAUUGGCACUUGUUCCAAGAGUAGCAAAAACAAGGCCCAUGAUAGCAAAACUAUCAUGUCUUUUUGCAUCUUUAAAAGUUUCUGGUGGAUCUUCACUAAUGAAUAUGAAGUUAACUGAAGCCCCAGCUUGUUAGUUACACUGGUUUUUUAUAAAGAGGAUCGAAGAACAAAAAGGACAAUAUAAUAUAAUAUAUAAUAUAAUGUAUAUAUAUAUGUUUGUUUUAUGUUAAUGAAAACGUAUUGCUUUUUGUGUUUGUUUGGGU